ACCAUAAAACAGAAAAGCAAAAGCUAUACAGUCCUAUCCUGCACAAUGAGUUCCAUCUCUGCAUUUUCCUUCCUCUUGUAUACUCUCUACUUAUUCACCGUGGCCUCCGCAGCCACAUUUAAUAUUCGAAACAACUGUCCUUACGUUGUUUGGGCUGCCGCAGUCCCUGUAGGCGGUGGCAGACGUCUCAACUCAGGCGACCUCUGGCAAAUCAACGUAGCCCCUGGCACGACACAAGCCCGCAUUUGGGCACGAACCAACUGCCAAUUUGAUGCCUCUGGAAGAGGUAGUUGCCAGACAGGCGAUUGCCAGGGACUCCUCCAAUGCAAAGCCUAUGGUUCCCCACCCAACACUUUGGCCGAGUUCGCUCUUGACCAGUAUGCCAACCUGGACUAUAUCGACAUCUCCAACAUUGACGGGUUUAAUGUUCCCAUGGAGUUUAGCUCCAACUCCCCUGGGUGCAGCCGUGUGAUCAAGUGUACUGCAGAUAUCGUAGGACAGUGUCCAAACCAGUUGAAGGUUCCAGGAGGGUGCAACGGGCCAUGUCCGGUGUUCAAGACAAAUGAGUACUGCUGCAAUUCUGGCAGUUGUGGGCCUACAAACUUCUCCAGAUUUUUUAAGGAGAGAUGUCCUGAUGCUUACAGCUAUCCCAAGGAUGAUCCGACUAGCUUGUUCACUUGUCCCACAGGAACCAACUAUAAGGUUAUAUUCUGCCCUUGAAGGCUUGUUGGAACUAGUCCUAAUUAAUUAAGCUUUACAUUUCUGGAAAAAUAAAAGCUUGAAAAAUGACUAUAUAUAGUUAGUUAGUCAUUUUGAGCAUGUCUCCAUGUAGUGAUGUGCCCUUACACUAGUUGCAAUAAAUAAAUUAGUUCCAGAUUU